UUUUAGAGUUAGAUAUAUUUUAAAAGUCCGUACGCCAUGGAUGAAUUUGGCGUCUUCGAUUACAAGCGCCCUGCCAGCGCUACAGAUCCCGAUUGGAGGACGUCGUACUAUCGAGGGCAUCGUCACAUUACUGACUUGAGGAUGGGUAACAAGCUGAACGCCAAGUUCGCGGAUAAGGGUAUUUAUGUCAAUGAUCCGCUGCUGUCUGAGAAGCCAACUUCUGAAUGUAUGGCCAACUAUGUGUGGAAGUAUGCUGAUCCAAAUGCACUUAGGAAUCCCUCGCUUAACAUGAAAACGCAGUACAUGAAACCAUUCGAGGAGGGCUCACUCCGCUUUGUAAAGCGCAAGAUGAAGCCCAUUUCUAGUGUCAGUCAUGACUCCUUUAUGCUUAAGGAGCUGCCGGAGGAACAGGAAAUAUUGCCCGUAACAAUGCCCACUCCGGUGGCAGCUACCAAGUUAAUCAUCGACCGUUCGCAGGCGUCGUUCAGCAAGUACCUGGACCCCUCCGCCACCACAUACAAUCUUUCCUAUGUGCGAUGGUGUCCCGAGGACUUAAGUGGCGGAGUAGCUGCCCACGACAAUAUUACAUACUGGAAUUGGUCGGAGAAGAUGCCGAUCAUCCAAAAAGUAUCCCGCGAAGAGGAUCCUACAAUGUGCGACGAGGGUAAUACGCAUAAGUGCCCAAAGCGACGUUGUGAGUUUCAAAACCUCACCAAACGAGUGCCGCACACGGGAAUGGUCACCGAGGUGCGCGCUAAUUUCACAGAUCCACAGUUCCGAAAGGUAGAAUUUGAUCCUGAUGUUAAGCCCGUACUGGUGCACGAGGAAGUUACUCCGUUUGCCGAGAAAAGCGAGUACGACAUCUACGGUUCGGGGGAACCAGUUAUCAAGUACGUUUAGGAGUUCUCUACACAUCGUUCUGACUUGGUUUUCAACUAAAUUUUGUUGAGUUUAAACAGAUCAUUUGGCCGCAAUAUUUAUUGAUUAUUAUUGCAUUAAAUAAAAUCAGAAUAUGGUUUUUAACCAAAUUACAAUGGUA